UCACUCCAGUCUGCGUCAGUGAAUACUUCUUCAAGAACAUCUCGCUGCCAGCUAGAGCCUGAAGUGAUUAUUCCCAUCUUGAGACAGGGCCAGAGGUGACUUUUGCUUCCACCUCAAAUGGCUGGCAUCAACAAGGACCUUGGACUCUUCAUAGAAAAUUCCCAGAUGCAGCUGUCUGAGAUGACAGCUGGCAGCUUGAACUGCUGGUAUUACAGCUAACACAAGUUCAGUAAAUGUUUUGCUCCUGCAUGCUGCCAUAAGGAGUCAUAAUAGUUCUCUUGCUGCUCUACAGUGCAGCCUGAAAACACAUUUGUGAUUCAGUUGGAGUCAGAUUUGUCACAGUAAAGCUGUCGUGCUUUUAUUGUGAAGGCAACACACCCAACCGGAAGCUAUCAGUUAAUGACUUUAGUUCUCCGCACCUUCCGCGGCUCCCUGGUCCGCACCGUCCCAAAACAGAAGAGCCGGUGCCCGGUGAGCUUACUUUGCAGUGAAAGGGAACCGUAUCACCCAGGUGCCAUGAGCAGUGAGCUGAAUGUGCCUAUGGGUUCCCCGGCCCCAGGGGUCUCAGAGCGGGCUUCAGACAGCGGGGGGAUGGACUACAGGGACUGGGUGCGACGCAGCUACCUGGAGCUUGUGAGCUCCAACCACCACUCGGUGCAGGCCCUGUCCUGGAGGAAGCUCUACCUGAGCCGUGCCAAGCUGAAGGCCUCCAGCAGGACCUCCGCGCUGCUCUCUGGCUUUGCAAUGGUGGCCAUGGUGGAGGUGGAGCUGGAGAUGCAGUACAGUUACCCCCGUGUGCUCCUCAUUGCCUUCAGUGUGUGCACCACCGUGCUCGUGGCGGUGCACCUCUUCGCUCUCCUGAUCAGCACGUGCAUCCUGCCCAACGUGGAGGCCGUCAGCAACAUCCACAACCUGAACUCCGUCAGUGAGUCGCCCCACGAGCGUAUGCACCACUACAUCGAGCUGGCCUGGGGCUUCUCUACAGCCCUGGGCAUCCUGCUGUUUUUAGCGGAGGUGGUGCUGCUCUGCUGGAUCAAGUUUCUGCCUGUAGACUCCGGGACCAAAAAAUCACCCGCCUGCAGCAGCACGACAGCGCCGAAUCCUACCACAGCUGCACCGCAGAACAGCGGCUGGCAGGCGGCGCUGGCCUCCACCAUCAUCAUGGUACCGGUGGGGGUGAUUUUUCUGGUGUUCACCAUUCACUUCUAUCGCUCGCUGGUGCGCCACAAGACAGAGCGCCACCACCAGGAGAUCGAGGAACUGCACAAGAUUAAGGUGCAGCUAGACGGCCACGAGAGGGGCCUCCAGACUGUGUGAUAACAGGACGGCAGCUUUAAGGACUUUGUAUCCCGUAUUUAUCUACUCUGACGUUUGUUCUGGUCAUUGUUGACGCCUUGCUCGGACUCGCAGGCCGCGUGCUCGAAAGCUUGUCACUUUGCAGCACAGCGAGCCAAUACAAGUCAGACUGUUAAUUUAUUCUUAAGGUUAAGUUGUGGGGUAGGAUUCGUGUCGUUACCUCAUCUGAGUUUUAGACGUUUACUAUGUGUUGGUCAAAGAUGAUGUAAAACAGUUUACAG